AUGUUCCUUCGAUCCUUCAUCGCCCGCCAUGUGUGCUGCUUGCCAUUGUCCGAUAUAUCAGACUGGGCCAGUUCGUGGCAAGACGACUACCGUCGUGUUAUCGGAUUUGCAUCGCAGUUCGUUGACUGAACAAAGCUGACUCUCGUUGCAUUGACUGUGUACCGACGAGAGAUAUCCGUGGAGCUUUGUACGAAAUUCGAAAACGAAAAUCACGGUUCAACCGUCUACGCGAAAAGAAGCCACCGAAGAAACUACCAGCGUACGAAUAAAAUCAAGGAAUUGAUUAAUAGAGUUACGAUAUACUGUAGUAAACGAGUCGAGACAAGUGUACAUACUCUGGGAACUGCCAAAUCGUCCCCGAUAUCCUGCUCCGUGUCGCCACAAAGUCUUCGAAGCUUUUUCUCGUUGAAGUUGUAGAAGGAACAGUCGGUAAUAGUCGACGCUAGAAGCUAGUCGUGUCGCAGGGGUGGCCAUAGGUAUAGUCGUACCCUAGCCGCCGAUGCUUUCCUCAAAAUCAUUCAACGACGUCGACUCGAGCUCGUCGCUCAUUUCACGAACGACGACGACGAGCCUGAUAAUAUCGAGAACCGACGACUUCCGGGCAUCGCGGAAGUUCGUUGCCGGCCACGCACGUCCUCGAGGAUGGAAUUGAGAGUCUUGCAGCCGAUAAGCGCGCUAGCACCGAUCUUUUUCGAGUUCACGACGAAUCGUUGGACAAUCGAGACGAAACAACAGAGGGCGAAUAGUGGGUUAUACUGGGAGUUGGGUGUGGAUAAAGAAGGUGGAAAGACCGAGAGCAGAUAUAGCAGGGAGGAGAAAUCUUGGAGAUCGAAGGAAAAAGAAGAAAUCGCUAGAUCGGGAACAGUGAUAAACGAAAGUCCGAAGAAGGAAGAAAGUCGUAGAGAGGAUAGGCCGAUAGAAGACACAGAGGGGAGGAAAGAUACGAGAGACGGAGAAGAGAAGAAGAAGGUAAAUAAAGAUAUAGAUCGAGAAGGAAGGGAAGAAGAAGAAGAGGGACGUCCCCUGGCAGGAGGGCCCCACAGAUGCGGGGCCCGGAGGGGCCAGUCCGCGGCGGCGUGACGCGAUGCGGACGUCCUCCUCCUCGUCUCCGAGGAAGAGGAAGAGGAAAUACCUCUCGCCUCUCGAUCCUAUCGAAAAGCUGCCUCCCUUGGACAAUAGUUUCGGCCUGUCGUUUAUCUUCCACGAUGUUCACGACGAGCGUGUCGACACUGUCUUCCACUGUGCUCCGGUGUACCAGCGGUGCCUUCGGCCGGAAGCUGUUGCCGAGAAGCGUCGGCCGUCUACCGAGCUCGCAAUUCGUUCAUCGGUUGAUCAAAUUUUCGGCAACGAGCCGGGAUCGUGGCAUUUUUGCAACGACGAUGGCGACUCGAGGAAAAACGGUAUCGUCAGGAAAGGAGGCGAGUGGAGGGAAGGAUUUGUACAGACUCGUUACGAGAAUAGAGCAGACAGAUCGAAAAAGUGUUUGGCAACGAUCGUCGUGUUCCUCGGACUGUUGUGCGGACAUUGGUGCUCUGGUGGAGCGGAGGCACUCGCUGGUAGCCAGAAAUACAGCACGAGAACAGUCAGGACCAGGUACGGCACGUUGCGCGGUGUCGAGGACAGAUCAUCCACGUCUGUCGAGACUUAUUACGGCGUGCCAUACGCCACACCGCCGAUUGGAGCGUUGCGAUACAUGCCACCGGUUACGCCGACACCGUGGCGUGGAAUCAAGCUGGCGGAUACCAUGCCACCCGCGUGUCCUCAGAAGCCACCGGAACCGGACCCGAGUCUGCCGCGGUCCAAACGGGCUUACCUCGAGAGGCUAGCACCGUUGCUGGCCAACCAGAGCGAAGACUGCCUAUACUUAAACCUCUAUGUGCCCAAAUCUCCUCACGGUAGUACCCCAGACUUAUUACCAGCCCUUCUUCUAAUUCACGGUGAUUCCUAUUCAUGGGGCGCUGGAAAUUCCUUCGACGGCACUGCGUUGGCUGCUUAUGGUCGUCUUAUCGUCGUUUCUAUUAAUUUUCGUCUUGGUGUACUCGGUUUCCUUAAAACAGGUCCGAAAGGGAGCGCGCAAGGAAAUUAUGGAUUGAUGGAUCUGGUGGCAGGCCUUCACUGGUUACACGAGAAUCUCGGCGCUUUUGGCGGCGACCCCGAUCGAUUGACGCUCUUUGGCCACGGUACAGGAGCCGCGCUCGCCAACUUUUUAGCCGUCUCACCCAUGGCAAGAGAGCUGGUCGAGAGAGUAGUUUUACUCGGCGGUUCUGCCUUGUCACCCUGGGCUAUACAGCGUGAUCCGUUAACGGCGAAACGUCACGUCGCCAAUCAGACCGAAUGCUCCGGUGACGUCGAGGCUGACGAUAUCGCACCGUGCCUUCGUUUGCGGAGUUUGGAAGAGCUUCUCGCCGUGCAGUGGGAUACCCCGAGAUUCACUUCCGGAUUUGCUCCUUUCGUCGAUGGGGCGGUCAUGCCUCCGCCGAUCAAUCAGAAUUUCCAACCGACUGCCUCCUCCUCGGGACUGAUGCCCCUGAUACCUGGACCAGGCACGGAGUUUGCUAAUUUCGGCGAUCGAGAUCUCCUGUUGGGAUUGACGUCCGAGGAAGCUUGGAUAAACCUCACCGACGACGAUCUACAGAACGGUUUGAACGAGACCAGGAGGGAUCGUAUUUUGCGCACUUACGUGCGAAACACCUAUCGUUACCACCUUCACGAGAUCUACUCGACCCUCCGUAACGAGUACACGGACUGGGAGAGAGGCGAGCAGAGUCCGUCAGCGAUCUGCGAGGGCCUUCUGUCCCUGCUCGGCGACGGUCAGGUCGCUGCUCCUCUUUUAAGGCUCGCAUUGCUGCACUCGGCGUCCGGAGGACGUGGUUACUUUUUGCAUUUUCAGCUCGGCGACCGACCAAGUCAGAGGGGCGAGGAGGUGCCCUAUCUUUUGGGGAUACCUCUCCUUCGCGGAGAGGUCGUGUCCUUUCUCUUCGCCCAAGCCAACUACACUUUGGCCGAUGAGAACCUGUCCAAACUGCUGGUCCAUUACUUGGCCAACUUCGUAAGACGCGGGGACCCGAACGGCGUCAGCCCGUUGACAUCGGGAUCCGACGGGCUUCCGACCAGCCCGCCGUUUUGGGAUUCGUACGAUUCGAUAAAUCAGCUGUACCUAGAGGCCGGUCGUAGCACGGAAAUGCGGUCGCAUUACAGGGGCCACAAGAUGUCUCUUUGGUUGAAUCUGUUGCCGCAACUACAUCGACCCGGAUACGAAAUCAGCAUGCGUCACCAUCAUCUGGUCGACAGCCCUAGCCUGUACGAAGGUGCGGUGCGCCAGCAGACCGAAGCGCUACCGUUGCCAGCGCCUCCGCUCCCGGUACCGUCACCCACCGAGCCAUCCUCGAUCUCGAGCGCGAUAUCGACCACCGAGUGUACGCCGAACGCUACGGUCGCGACCACCGUGGCGACAACCUCGAGAACUUUGCAGCAUCCGAACUUGGGCCCAGCGCCUAACAAUCUCCUUAGAAAGCUGGCCUCCAGUCAUUAUCAAAGCUACACCACAGCCCUCACAGUCACCAUAGCCGUUGGCAUAUUUCUCUUGCUACUGAACAUUCUCAUUUUCGCUGGCAUCUACCAUCAGAGGGACAGGAACGCUUCGAACGCGGCCGGAGGUUUAUCUUCGGCCUUUGGAGAUAAGAAGAAGGAGGAGCUACUGGAAGCAGGGUGUUCCGGUAUCGAGGUGUCCUCGGGAAAGCAGAGGCUAUCUUCCUUGAAUCUGAUGGACUCGCCGUCUUCGAGUCCGCCACCGCAUAAAGCGAAACUGGCGCAGGAGUUGGAAUUACAGUUGCAGGAGUUUCAAUGUUCUCCGCCUCCAGGCGGAGGCAAGAGAGUGUUAGAACCACCGUUGUACAGUAGAAGUCCGUGCGUCCAGAGGACGCGCACUCCGUCGCCUUGCGUAGACGCGACCACUGCCAGGAUGGACGACGACGACGACGACGACGACGACGACGACGACGGCGACGACGAUGGGGAUAGCAGCAGCGACGAUAACGACGACGAGAAUCUUCCAGAACCUCCACCGCCUCCGAAAGCUCCAGCACCCAACGUCAGCCUGUCCUGUCCAGGAAUCCUCAGGCAACCUGGUACACCCGGUAGCGCCAAGAAACGCGUUCAGAUCCAAGAAAUUUCCGUAUGAGGAGAGUACCUUCUUGCAAUCUCCUUUUGCCGAAAACUCGUUCACCGGCCCAUUCCGAUCAUUCGUAGUAUACCUGUCGAGCGAUCCUCGAUCGUCGCUACUGCUGGCGGUAGUCGACCAACAGCUUCGACCAAGAAGAAAUUCAGCGUUUCGAGCGUUCCAAGCCAAAGUCCGUUGUUGCAACGCGCCAUAACUUUCGGACGUUGCAUAUUCGGCUCUGUCGAGAGUUUCUUCGCGCUUAAGAAUUUGAGAUUCUGCGUAGGCCUACGGCGUUCGAGAGACAUC